AUGGAGUUUAUAAACAGUAGCUGGUUCCAGCCACCCACUCUUCUUCUAACAGGCAUUCCUGGACUGGAGGCUGUAGAAAUAUGGAUCUCUAUCCCACUGUGUGUCAUGUAUAUAAUUGCCAUUCUAGGGAACUGCACCAUCCUCUUUGUUAUCAAAACCAUCUCCAGUCUUCAUGAGCCUCAGUAUAUCUUCCUGUCUAUGCUGGCAGCCACAGAUGUGGGUCUGUCUUUAUCAACUCUACCUACAGUACUCAAUGUCUUCCUCCUGAAUAACAGAGAGAUUGAGUUUCACUCCUGCCUAACACAGAUGUUCUUCAUCCAUACCUUCUCCUUCAUGGAGUCAGCCAUCCUGCUGGCCAUGGCCUUUGAUCGAUUUGUAGCUAUUCGCAACCCACUGCACUACACUGUGAUCUUAACUCCUCCUCGGAUUAUAGAGAUAGGGCUUGCAGCCAUGAUUAGGGGUGUGGUGUUGGUGGCACCCCUGCCAAUUCUGCUCAAGCGAUUGCCCUUCUGUAAGAAUGUUAUUCUAUCUCAUUGUUACUGCUACCACCCUGAUGUUAUGAAGCUGGCCUGUGGCCCUAUCAGAGUCAACAUCAUCUAUGGAUUGUCCCUUGUCCUCUGCAUUUUUGGAAUUGACUCUGUGUUCAUUGUUAUUUCAUAUAUCCUGAUUUUUAAAACGGUCGUGGGUAUUGCCUCAAAAGAUGGUCAACUCAAGGCACUUAAUACUUGUGUUUCUCACAUUUUCACUGUCUGCAUCUUUUAUGUGCCACUCAUUGUGCUAGCUUUAAUUCAUAGGUUUGGUACAUUCACAUCUCCUCUUCUCCAUGUUACCAUGGCCAAUCUCUUCCUUUUCUUGACUCCUGUCCUUAACCCCUUGGUUUACAGUUUAAAAACUAAACAGAUAAGGUCUGCAGUCCACAAGAUAUUCAAGGGUAGGCAAAACUAG